AUGUCUCAAUCUCGCAACGACAUUCAGCCCACGGUGAAGCUGGCGGAGUACCUCUUCGCCCGCUUACACCAGCUCGGCAUAGGUGCCAUCCACGGUGUCCCGGGGGACUUCAACCUGCACCUCCUCGAUUACGUCGAACCGGCGGGGCUGCUAUGGGUCGGCAAUACCAAUGAGCUCAACGCCGGGUACGCAGCUGACGGAUACGCUCGCAUCAAGGGCAUCGGAGCCCUCAUCACGACUUCUGGCGUCGGCGAGCUCUCGGCGAUCAACGCCAUCGCCGGUGCAUACGCAGAACGCGCGGCAGUUGUUCACAUCGUCGGCACCCCCUCUAGGGACACACAGGAUGCCCGCCUCAAGAUACAUCACGGGUUCAACGAUGGGGAAUAUAGGCGGUUUGCGCAAAUGCAUGCCCACGUUACCGUGGCGCAGGCGGACCUGCGAAACGCGCUGCUUGCACCAGACCAAAUCGACGAAGCGCUGAAGCAGUGCCUUGUUCAGAGCCGGCCAGUCUACAUUGAAUUUCCUCAAGACCUAGUGGCUGUCCCCGUAUCAGCCAAUAAGUUGCAGACCCCUAUCCAGGUUCCGGGCCAUGUAGCAACUUCGGCGACCCAGGCUGCUUUGGCAGUGGUAAUGGAGAGGAUACGAAAAGCGAAGCAGCCAAUAAUUUUCGUCGACGGAGAAGUGAGACCUCUACGCAUCGUUAAGGAGGUGAACCAACUGGUCAAGGCCACUGGCUGGCCUACAUGGACAAGUAGUUUUGGUAAAUCUCUAGUCAACGAGACGCUACCUAAUUUCCAUGGCGUAUAUUCUGGGAAAUUUGCCCAGCAGACCGAGAAGAAUUUCGUCAAUGGCGCGGACCUCGUUUUGUGUUUUGGGCCUCACUUCAGCUCAACAAACACCUCCGCCUUCUCCAGCAUCCCGAAGACUGACGUUUCAGUGCUCUUCUACGACAAACUAGUAAAGGUGGCCGACCAGGUCUUCCGAGACCUGGAUGCCAGGAGCGUCAUCACUUCGCUUCUUCAGGAACUGGAUGUUUUGAAGCCCUGUCGAUAUGCGCCCUACCCGGAUCUCCCUCGAGAUCACAGCAUCCGCUUCUCGGAAGUUCCCAGGGAGGAGAAGAUAGGUCAUUCCAGGUUCUGGCACCUUGUAUCCAAUCUCAUCCGCCCAGGAGACAUCAUUCUUGGAGAGACGGGCACAUCUGGUCAUGGCUGCCGGUUGCUACCGCUGCCAGUACAUACUAGACUCUUCAUCCCAGCUACUUGGCUCUCCAUCGGUUACAUGCUUCCAGCUGCGCAAGGCGCCGCCCUAGCACAGCGAGAACUCGUACAGUCGGACCAGUACCACAAGAUCAAGGACGCGCGCACUAUCCUCUUCAUCGGCGAUGGUAGCUUUCAGAUGACCGUCCAAGAGAUUUCAACCAUCAUUCGUCACAGCCUGGACGUCAUCAUAUUCCUCGUCAACAACGACGGGUACACCAUUGAACGAUGCAUACACGGCUUGGAGCAGCCGUAUAAUGAUGUUGCUUCCUGGCGUUAUCUGCAGGCGCCCAGCUUUUUUGGAGGCAGCGCGGAGACAUAUGUCCAGUCGGCAAGAACCUGGGGGGAACUGGAAACAAUAUUUGAUGAGAUGCCGUCAAACGGCAAAGGGCUACGAAUGGUUGAAGUUUUCAUGGAUCGCGACGAUGUGCCAAAGGGGUCACUUUUCGAUCUACUUGAGAAAGAGAAGAAGCGAAUCUUAGCUGCCGAGCCCCUACCAUAG